CUCGAUUCACUCGACGAGGAACAUUCAUACGGUAAACAUGUCCGCCCCAUUCGACGUGGAACUCGGUCCUCCAAGCGCAGAGCUGCUAGAGGUGUCCCACCAGGAGCUUCGGGAGAUUCCCGAGCUGAGAGCGGCCGCCGUAGCAGAACUUAGAACGUUAUUGCAAGCGGCGAGUGAUUUGUCUUUUCCCGACGAUGAGGAGUUUUUGCUCAUCUAUCUGAGACCAUGUCAUUUCUACGCCGAGAGCGCAUUAAAACUGAUGCGUAAUGUUGCCGAGUUCCAGAAGUCCCACCAUAGUUUGCUCCACAACCUUGUGCCGACGGAUCUAAAAGAAGAAAUAACCAACCAUGACCUCGUGACGGUUCUAACAAACCGUGAUCAGAAGGGCCGCAGGAUUGUUGUCGUCCGUGUGGGAGGCGUCUGGGAUCCCAAACUUGUCCACGAGGAUAAAAUAUUCGCCAUUCUGUACACUUUCCAAAAACUGGCCGUCAUGGAACCUGCUACUCAAAUUAAUGGUAUCGUUGUGAUUUACGAUUUCGAUGGGCUGGGCAUGAAACAGGUCAAAGGAAUGUCGCCUGGAGCUGCGAAGCGACUGCUGACUUUCAUUCAGGAGGCCGCCCCAGUUCGAAUCAAGGCCGUUCACUUCACCAAGGAACCGCUGCUGUUCAACAUGGUUUGGGCCUUGAUGAAGCCAUUUGUGAAGGAGAAACUCAAAAACCGGAUGUUCUUCCACGGCGCGGACAUGAAAAAGCUUCAUAAGCAUGUGGAUGCGGACUGCUUACCGGCGAACUAUGGUGGAACCUUGCCAGUGCUUAACUACGGCUCCAAGGAUUGGUAUCCGGCUCUUGAGAAGCACAUUGAUUUUAUCAACAAGUUCAAUGCGGCGGGAUACAAAUAGAAUCCACUGGUGGGGGUUAGGUUAUCUAAUCUGGCGUUCAUGUAGUCAGUGAUUACCGAACGAAAUGUUUUUAAAGAAAUCCAUUUGGAUUCAUUCUUUUGUAAUAGAUAACAUUGAACAAUCACUGAAUAAACUCAAUUUGUUAUA